AAAUCCGUUGGUAAUUUUCAUUCUUUCUUCCUCAAGAAGUGCCGUUAGAGAGAGAGAGAGAGAAAGAAUGGAGGGAAAGAAGUUUAGAGCGCAAUCUCCCGCUCGUACGCAGCAGCAGCCACCAUCAGCACCGCCGCCGGGAUACGUAAUGUUUCGCAUUCUCUGCGACGUGUCUCAGGUCGGGCAUGUGAUCGGAAAAUCUGGAAGAAUGAUUAAGGAGCUUCAAGAAACAACGAAAUCCCUUAUCUGGAUCGAGACUCCUGAUGAUUCUCUGUACCGUCUCAUCACGAUUUACGCUCAUGUAGGCUUGACGUCUAGGGUGAAAUUAGGUGUUGUUGUUAAUUAUGCUAGCAACAAGGAGAAGGAGCAGUCCCUGGACCCAUGGCAUUUGCCUAAUCUGCCAUGGGGUAGAGACGGGGCUGAGAAGGAGGAGCAAGAACAAGAAGUUGAAGUCUCCAGAGCACAAGGGGCGUUGAUUAGGGUUUUCGAAGUUCUAAAUUUCAGAUUUUGGACUACUAGUUCGGUCUCGUGUAGGCUUUUAAUAGAAGGGAGCCAUGUGGUUACGGUGAUAGGUAAUGGUGGUGAAUUGAUGCAGAGGAUAUGGAGAGAAACUGGUUGUAAUGUUGAAAUACGGUCACAUGAUUUGCCAAUUUGCGCAAAGCCUGGGGACGUAAUGCUCAAGAUCGAAGGAAAUGUUAUGGCUGCAGUGAAGAAAGCUCUAGUAUCCAUAUCCAGUCACUUGCAAGCUUGUCAGCCGAUGGCGUCUUUGCAUUCUGAGGCGGUUCCUUGUGCUUUACGCAGGACUAUGGAUGUGGUUCCACGAGAAGCAUCAUGCAGGUCACGACAGUAUAGAGAAGUUGAUCCUCGUGAUUCCUUGCAGAGACAUGCUGAGAUCAGUCAAGAAGAUGCUCUAAACCAAGUUACCAGCAUGCCACGAGAGUAUCUUAUCAACCAAUCCUUCCAAAUGGGGUCUUAUUUUCCAUUUAACUAUGCCAAUCCUUGUAUAAGACCAGAAGAUCCAUUUCCUAAUUGGUUCAGUCCUACUACUGGAUAUGCUCCAAAUUCUGGUCGACGGUCUACUAUGGAUCUCAAUGAUAUGUCCCAUCACUCAAGUCAAGCUUCCUCUCGGUUGUGGGCGUCACCGCCACCUACUGCUCCAAGAAGUGUAUAUGGAAGUGAAGGAUUAUCUUCUACAAGAGAUGACCACCUUGGACUUGAAAGUGGACUCAAACCUUCCAUGGUAAUUAGAAACAAAACUGUGCGAUAUAGAGUUUCAGAAGAUGAUGUGAGCUCUAUGUUUGGAUAUGGAAAGGAUGGUCACAAUCGUCUACAGAAGAGUCUGAGAGAGAUAUCAGGUGCGUUUGUGCAACUCCUUGAACCUUAUCCAGGAAGAAUGAUGGAUAUUACGUUUGCAUAUCUGGGACACCUGAUCAAAUCCAAGCAGCUGAAAACCGUCUUUACGCCUUUUUUCCUGAGAUAAAGCAGGGUGGAUGAGAAGAACACUCAACCUGAACUAGAACCCAAUCUUUUUCAUCCACUUGAGAAAUAAAAAGAGCUUUUCAUCUAUUUCUUUGUGUCAUUCAGUCUUUUCAUUUUCUUGUUAGGGAUCUUUUUUGACUCUUUGUACAAUUGUAUUUUCAUGAACCACUUUGAUUGAGUUAGUCUAAUGACUUCUUUAAUAUUCCCCUUUAUUUUUGUUAAUCAUAUUAGACACAUGAAAUUGAGAUUUGAUUGAUUGAAAAACUUGUAUCUCAAUUCUCUGUACUCUAUCAGUGGAUUAUUAUUGCUGGAACUUACUCCUACAAUCGAAUUACAGUAGACUAAUUUUGGUCAAGUGGUGUUAAGAAUACAGAACCUUUUCUGUU